AUGGGAGGUGCAGGCCAUCCUAUAUCAGCUGUUGGCGGUCCCGAUAGCCUGGGGCCAGCCAGAAAGCGAAAUGUCGGCGUCGCGGGACUGGACAGCUCCCCUGGAAGCGUGGAUGACGUUGAGGAGACGGAUAUUCGUGAGGAGAAGAAGAGACAGCCUGUCAAGCGUGCCUGCAAUGAGUGCCGCCAACAGAAGCUUCGAUGUGAUGUGAGUCAAGAUCCGUGGGUGGACUGCUCUCGGUGUCGGCGCCUGAAGCUUGAAUGUAAAAUCGAAUCCAACUUCAAACGGGUUGGAAAGCGGAGUCGAAAUGCAGAGAUGGAACGAGAGAUAAUCGCGUUGAGGAGGCAGAUUGCCCAUGUGCAGGCAAAUGCCACCGCAUCAAUUCCACAACAACAGCCUUCGUCUGUUUCGACGGCUCAGCACACUCCUAAACAGGAAUCCUCUAGCCAGGUCAGCCCGGUUGCGAUGUAUCAUACACCCUCUGCCAUCUCCUCAGACCAGUAUAUGGGCUCUCAUGAAGCCGUUGCGUCGCUCUUGGACCUGCGCUCGGGCUUCGAUGGCUCUAACUACAUGAGAAAUGGGAAUCACUUCAAACGGAUUGAGGAUGUGAUGGUGAUGCCGGAGAGGGUGACAGAACUCUUUGAUCUGCCCGGUUUCGCGGCUGGUAUGGAGUACACUAGCGGAUAUUCCACAGAGUUAUCAUGUUGUGAAAGCGAUAUGCUUGCUUUGCACGUGGCCUUUCCCUACCAGCAGUACUUCUACCGAUCCUACCUUUAUGCUCUGUGCAAGUUCCGAGUAGAACUGAUUGAGGAGGAACUAAGAGACAAAGUGAGAACGUGGGCUAUUUGCAAUAUUGUUGCGCAAAGAGUGGCAACUGGAUAUGGGCAGCCGCCCUCUACAUUGUAUGACUGGACCUUGUCUUCGAGCGAGUUAAUAGAUCCAAACUUUAAGUUACCCGAAGGCAUUCAGCCUAGGCUCGAGAUCGAAAAGUUUUGCGACAAGGUCACCAAGUCACUGUACACCAAUCGACGUGAUCCGGUUGGGUUGUGUAGCGAUCAAGAAAGGUCGUCACUGAUCUCAUUCCUUUCUCGAGAUUUUGACGAGCUUGAGAGUCAGUUGAAGUCGCAGAAUGAUUGCGUUACCGACCUCUAUCUUCGUGCUUCCAACCUCCACCUCCACUUGUCGGCCUUUUUUGAUGACCCCACCGCGAAGAAUUACCGAGAACGUCUCCUCGCUCUUUAUGUUGCCACCACAGCCUUCUUGGAAACUGCCAUGAACUUGGAGACGGACGUAGGCCCUGUUUUGUCAUAUACGCCGUACUAUGUGUACCAGAUGAUGGUCGCAGGAGGUUGUACCUUGCUGAAGCUCUGCAAGAGCUUCUUCGCGGCGCAUAUCGACAUGGAGUAUACUAAGAGCCUUUUCAACCGAACUAUCUGGGCUAUCCGCGGGGUGUCUGUCUCUAGCAACGACCUUCCCGAGCGGUUGGCGGAAGUUUUGGCACAAAUGUGGAAGUUGGGCAACGCACCGACGCCGAAGCCGGCAGACAAUCCAGAGAUGGACGAUUCAUUGAUGCUGAAGGUCCGGUGCCGGAUGAGUAUGUCUCUGCUCUAUGAUUCGGUAUGGCGAUGGCGCGAAGAUGCUCGGACUAGAGGCCGCAAUAUUGAAGCUUAUCUCAAGAACCCCACGAACCCGGAUUCCAAUGAGGACUCUGCCGCGUCGUCAACCACGGGCGCUGUCCAUACCUCCACAUCAACUCCAGGGGUUUCUGGAGCAGAUCCCAGUCUUGCGCCUGCCCCAUUGCUACCACCACCUCACAUGGGUGUGCACUCGACCAACGGAGUUGGAGGACUACCGAGCGGAUUUAUGGAACCUAACUACGAGGUCUUCGACCCAUUGAACUGGUUACUGGAUGGACUGGUCGACCUGCCGUAUUCUUCGUAUUCCACUAUAUCAGGAAUGGAGACGCCGGGGAUUGCGUAG